GGAAACAGAAUGUGGAAUCAGCUGGAAUCACGGAAACCACUGAGGAGUGUUUUUCCCUUCACUUGGCCACAGCUGCCUAUUUUUACGUCAUUUAUUUAUUUGUUUGGGGCGACCUGCGCUUGUGAUGUCGGAAUCUUACGAUUUCCUGUUCAAAUUCCUUGUGAUUGGGAAUGCUGGCACAGGGAAAUCCUGUCUGUUGCAUCAGUUCAUAGAGAAGAGAUUCAAGGAUGAAUCCAAUCACACAAUUGGGGUGGAGUUCGGCUCCAAAAUCAUCAGUGUGGUCAACAAAAUGGUCAAGCUGCAAAUAUGGGACACGGCAGGUCAAGAACGGUUCAGGUCUGUGACUAGGAGCUACUACAGAGGAGCAGCCGGAGCUUUGCUGGUCUAUGACAUCACCAGCCGAGAGACCUACAAUGCUCUGACCACGUGGCUGAGCGACGCCCGAAUGUUGGCGAGCCAGAACAUCGUGAUCAUACUCUGUGGAAACAAGAAGGACCUGGACGCCGACAGAGAGGUCACAUUCCUGGAGGCAUCACGCUUUGCGCAAGAAAACGAGCUGAUGUUCCUGGAGACCAGUGCUCUAACGGGAGAGAACGUUGAAGAAGCGUUUGUUCAGUGUGCUCGGAAAAUCCUCAACAAGAUCGAGUCAGGAGAGUUGGAUCCAGAGAGGAUGGGCUCUGGUAUCCAGUAUGGCGACGCAGCGCUGCGACAGCUCCGGUCACCCCGCCGGGCUCAGCCGCAGGGCGCUCAGGAGUGUGGCUGCUAGUGGAAUCCACCUGUGAGGUAUAAAAAAAAAACUAGUGACCAGGAGAGCAUCGGCCAUGUUGGGCCCCAAAAGGAAAAGUCUUUCUUAUCAGGCUGCAUAAUCGGUUACUCGCCUCCAACCUCCCCCUCAUUACACACUGACCUCGGCUCCUGCAGGAGGAGCCAGGACUCCUCUUCAGCUCCAAGAAUCUUCAUGGCAGCCACUAUUCGACUGUCUGGUCCAAAACCCACCGAGCUGUGGAGUCAGUGGGACUGGCUGGUAUGGCGUCACUUUCACACACUCCUAACUGGUUUCUGCUUCAACAGUCAUCAUUACUGGACUAGCUUUUCCUUUCAACGCCCCCUCGUACAGGUUGGUGUUCACGUGUAAAUAUUUAUUGUCUGAUCAGCCACCAUCUUAUGUACCUGACACGGCUGUGUUGAGAGCAGUUACACUGACGUUUAUGUGUAAAAAACCAAAAGCUGCAUGUAAACCCCUCCGUUUGCGUUGAGGACAAAAGUCCAAUGUUCACAGUUCAAGGUGGGAUCUUCCUGGACCAUGUGUGGCCCAAACAGCGCCAUUACUGCUCCAGCCUAAACACCACAGUGAGCAUUUGAAAAGGUUCCACUUCCGUUUCUAUCACUGUCCCCAAAAAUAUUUCACUCCUCGAGGUCGUCUGUUGCGUGAAGUGCCUUCUCUGUUACAGCCCGCACAGAGCGCAUUCUCAUAUUCAGGAGGCCACCAGCAGUUGACUUCUCUGAGACCAAAUCAGAGGUUUAAAGAAGUAUUUCAAAUGGAACAAUGCUCUUUCACACCAAAUUAAACGAACUGAAACCUAUACCUGGACUAUAUUGAUAUUUAUUUACGUUUUACCUCUGCAUACCCUGAUGAGUGUGUCUAAGAGAGUCAGGCUCACCAGUCCUGGAAAAAAAACAAUGCAUCCUGUCUGUCCAUGUCAGUGAUGCUCCUUUGUGAGACACUCAUUGAGUAUCAUUCAAGUUUUUUUGAGGAAGUUUGUUGCAUAGCCUUGGUCUUGGUUUGAUUCAGUUUAGAGAAAUGAUGUGAGUUCUUUUUACUUUUGGUGGGUAUUGGAAACUUUCCCGUCAAUUUUAUUAAGCCAUGCAAAUUCACAAUGGACUUGAAUAAUAGCUUUGGACGACGAAUGUCAAAUUUACGUACAUACCACUAGGAGGUGCUCGAGUCACGCUUCAGUUCUAAUCUAAACAAGAACGUAAACUUUUAGUUAUCCUCGUUCUUCCUCAUGACUAAUGCGAUGUAGAACCCCAUUUUAACGAAAACCCUCAGUUAGCUUUGUUUAACACUCGGUCUGAAAGUCAAACUUCAUUCCACCUCCAGAUCCGGGGUUAAAUCCACCAAAAAUCAGCACAGACUGACUGAAUCAUUUUCCUCAGAAGGUAACGCAACUGAUUCUGCUGAAGUACAAAUGUGAUGCUCUUCCUGCUGACUCAAAACGUGUCCAGAAAGUACUGUUGUAAACUGUUCCUAAGCAUUGUUUUCCUUUUUCUCUACCAUGACAUUCUCUUCAUUUAGUCAUAAAACCAAAGACAGUAUAAAGAUAUGCCAGUUAGAAACUUCAUACAACAGAAAUACAGAUCAUAAUAGUCAUAUUUAUCUCCUUUAGGUUCUUUCACCUAAUGCCUUUUACCCUGUUUAAGCUCCUCCAUCCCGCCGCACUAGCCUCCUGCUGUUUCUGUGUAAAUAGAUGCAUGUUUAAUCUCCAAAUGAAUAUCAAGAGUAUUUCACUAUCAGCAGAUAUAUCAGAGUCUGAAGCAUAUGGAACAUCUGUUAUCACUAUCAUGACGAUAUGGAACACUGAAGGAGGAGACUGGACUGAGCGUUGGCAGCCGUCUGUAUAUUUGUAAAUGCUACACAGGACUGAUGUAGAUAUCACUGUUGGAUUGUCUUGAGCAGCAGAUGGAGCUCAGGCUGAAGAUCUUUUUUAAAGGUAAACGUUCACUUUCCUGAUCAGUUACAAGAGACGCUGUUUGCUCCAAAUCAUUUCACUCAUGUUGGAGUUGCAAGUCAAAUCUCACUGGAUGCUUUUCCCUUUGUCACCCAGCUGAUGAGAAAUGAUCGAAGCAUUGCCUGUUUAAAGACUUUAAACUGAAUCUUGCAUAUUGUAAAGGUUUGAAAUGAUGGGAUUUUCCUGCAUAAUGCCCUAUGAAGAGUCCUGAAUGAUGAAACCUGGACGUCUCCAUGUGUUUGUAUUUAUGUUUGCUUGCUCCCGUCUGUCAUGAGAAGGUGUUGUGGAGAUUUUAUUUAUUGUGUAUGAUAUAAAAGCAUAUCUUUUUUCAAAUAAAGCAUACA